AUGGAGUCCACAGAUUUCCCUCUUUAUACAACAUUUGAAAAGCCUUGUCUAAAAAUAACCAGAGGUUUUGCCUGCAUAUUUUUUACUGGAAUUUUGGCUCUUGUUUUCUAUCGCAUUAGUUAUAUGCCAAGAGAAGAUUAUUUUCCAUGGAUUAUGGUGUUUGCUGCAGAGCUGGGGUUUGCCUUCAUUUGGGCAUUAGAGCAGGCCUUCAGGUGGCGACCUGUGACUCGAUACACUUUCCCAGAAAGGCUUUCUGAGAGGUUUGAAAAUGAUCUACCACCUGUUGAUAUAUUUAUAUGUACUGCUGAUCCAAUUAGAGAGCCUCCAAUGAAUGUUGUAGAUACUGUACUGUCCACUCUGGCUCAUGAUUAUCCCACAGAAAAACUGUCAUGUUAUGUGUCUGAUGACGGAGGAUCUGCACUUACCUUCUACGCUCUGUUUGAAGCUUCGAUGUUUGCAAAGAUUUGGGUUCCUUUCUGCCACAAAUAUUUCAUCCAACAGAGGUGUCCAGAUGCAUACUUUUCAGAAAGUGAUGCUCACCAAAAUAAGAGUUUGUUGUUUGCAACUGAGUGGGAAAAGCUCAAGACAAUGUACGAAGAGAUGAAACAUCGUAUAAAUAGCACUGUGGAGACGGGCAUUGUUCCAGAAGCCAUGCGCAAUCGGCAUGAUGGGUUUAGGGAAUGGAGUUCAGGGAUCACUUUGGGAGACCAUCACAGUAUAGUUCAGAUUUUGCUAGAGAAGGGAAAGGAUGGUGGCGUUUAUUUCCCCCGUCUUGUAUAUGUGUCUCGUGAAAAGCGACCUGGAUGCCCACACAAUUUUAAGGCCGGUGCUCUCAAUGUUCUGAUUAGAGUUUCUGCUUUGAUGAGCAAUGCUCCAUUCAUUCUUACAUUGGAUUGCGAUAUGUAUGCCAACAACUGUAAAGCACUUCGUGAAGCUAUGUGCUUUCUCAUGGACCCUCAAACUGGUCAUCAGUUUGGGUAUGUCCAAUUUCCCCAAAGGUUUCAUGGCAUUACAAAAUAUGAUUUGUAUGCCAAUCAUCUCAAGAGAAUUUUCGAUAUACAAGGUAAAGGCAUAGAUGGAGCAGAAGGUCCAAUCUACGUGGGCACAGGAUGUGUGCACCGUAGGGAUGUUCUAUGCGGAAGCGAGCCACAAAAUGUAAUUAAAGCAUCCAUUGAAUCUGCAAAUUUAGAAGUGGAAAAAGAAUGUUCAUCCGAGAUAUUAAAUAAGGCAACGACACUUGCCAGUUGCACUUACGAGGAGAACUCACUUUGGGGCAAAAAGGUUGGCAUAAUGUAUGGGUGUGUAGUGGAGGAUGUUUUAACUGCAUUUACAAUACAUUGCAGAGGCUGGAAAUCUGCUUACUGCACUCCACAAAGAAACGCCUUUCAGGGGCGUGCACCUCUUAAUUUGAACGAUACCCUGAUUCAACAUAAGAGAUUGACCGCAGGUCUAUUUGAAAUUUUUGUGAGCAAGUUCUGCCCAUUUGUGUAUGGGAUUGGUCGUGUUAGUAUAACACUCAGAAUGUGUUAUGGCUAUUACUGUUUAUGGGCUAUGUCCUGCCUGCAUAUACUCUCUUAUGGCUUGGUUCCAGCCCUAUCUACCCUCUGCGGCAUAUCAGUAUUCCCUCAGAUUUCAAGUCCAUGGUUUCUGCUCUUUGGGUUUCUAUCACUCUCUGCAUAUGCAUACAAUAUAGUUGAAUUUGUGAUGGCUGGAGGUUCAGUGAAGAGUUGGUGGAACGAGCAUAGGAUGUGGGUAAUAAAAGGGACAUCAUCGUAUCCAUUUGCAUUAAUUCAAGGGCUCUGCAAAUCGAUGGGUAUUUCUGAAGUGGGUUUUGAGGUGACAAGCAAAGUGUUAGACAGUGAAGCAGCCAAAAGAUACAAGGAAGAAAUCUUUGAAUUUGGAGUGGCCUCAGUAAUGUUUAUUCCUCCUGCAACUAUCACAAUUAUCAAUUUCAUAUCACUGUUGAGUGGAAUAACACAAUUUGUAAAGGGUGGGUAUCCAGCAGUUAAGGGUAUGUUUGUGCAGCUCAUGUUAUCAAGUUUUAUAGUGAUGAAUGGAUUUCCUAUAUUGGAGGGAAUGUUUAUGAGGACAGACAAAGGACGGAUGCCUACUUCAAUUACAAUGUUUUCCAUUAUGGUGGCGGCGCUUGCAUGUUCUGUGGCAUUAAAAAUUACUCUCUACUGAAAGAAGUUUGUACGCACUCUAUGGAAUCUAUUAUGGUCCGUGUACUGAAGUCCGAACGUAAGUAUUGUACUUAUUUUGGCCAAGUUUUAG